UGACGUACAUGGACGGCCGUCCGAUCCGAUCCCAUUCCCAUUCACGAGUAAUUUUCCCUUAUAAGUAAUUAGCAAACUUAACUACCCACCCUAUCUCUUAGUUUAACACUACAGCCAUAUUCAUCAUCAUCAUCAUCUACGUACGUACGUUCAUUCCUCUCUGCUACGUACCUUAGCUUCUUGAUAUGGCUCCCGUGCGCGAGGAGAGCAUUUCUAUCGAUGAGAUGACGACCACUCCGCCGAGGCACCACCGUGGCGAUCCUCAACUCCCAACCUCCUCCGUCGAAAGCAAAUCUUCCUCCUUCAUCUCCGAAGCCAAAGCCAGCGUCCCCCGGGGAUGGUUCGUCCCCGUCGAUCACUCUCCAACUCAUUUCCAGAAGAUUCUGGCAGAGGUGGUGGGGACGUAUAUACUGGUGUUCAUUGGAUGCGCUUCUGCCCUUACCGACAGAGUUGAGAAGGUGGGGAUUGUUGGGAUAGCGAUGGUGUGGGGGUUCGUUCUCAUGGCUGCCAUUUAUGCCGUUGGCCAUAUCUCCGGUGCCCAUUUCAACCCUGCCGUCACCCUCGCAUUGGCUGCCAUCCGCCGCACCCGAUGGAAACAAGUGCCAAUGUACGUGGUGGCUCAGCUAGUGGGAGCAACGCUUGGGAGCCUGAGCCUCAAAGUGUUGUUCCACAAACAAGGCAACAUUGACCCAAUAGCCACACAGUACGCCGUUACCACCUCUCAUCUCGAAGCUUUCCUGUGGGAGUUCAUCAUCACCUUCAUCCUCAUGUUCAGCAUUUGCGCCAAUGCAACCGACCACCGCGCGAGCCCAGGUCUUGCCGGCUUCGCUAUUGGCUCCACACUACUAGUCAACGUCCUGGUUGCUGGGCCAAUUACUGGGGCGUCGAUGAACCCGGCGCGAAGCAUAGGCCCAGCGGUGGCAUCGGGAGUGUAUACAAAUCUGUGGCUCUACAUUUUGGCGCCUCUUCUUGGAGCUUUGUUCGCGGCCAUGGUCUACAGUGGACUUCGAGUACCCAUCCCACCUCACCACAAUUCUACUGACCAACCACCUAAUUAAUAUAUGCAUUAUUCAAACAGCGCGCAGUAGAUAUACAUAAACCAUAAAAUUAACUAUGCCUGCUCUUAAUUAAUUAAUUCUGCAUAUAUAGUUUUCUCAUCACUCCCUGCCUGCAGCGGGUAUAUGUAAUAGCCAUGAAUACCGCGUACGUUCUCUCUCCCGCGCACACCAUAAAGCUGAAUUGAAGAAAAGCUUAUAAGUUGA